CUAGUGCAGUACACAGCAGCAGCAACAGUGUGGUGCUCUGGGGCUCCAUCUCUGCCUGGCAGACAAAUCUCCAGCUUGUUGAACAUCUGCAAGACAAAUUUUUCAUGUUCUGUAAAUGAAUGCUGCCUAACUGCACCAGGAAAAUGGGCACAGGGGAUUACCUCUGCAUUGCUAUGAGUGGAGGGGCACCUUGGGGCUUUAGAUUGCAAGGUGGCAAGGAACAAAAGCAGCCUUUGCAAAUCGCCAAGGUUCGCAGCAAGAGCAAAGCAGCUAAGGCUGGACUUUGUGAGGGAGAUGAGGUGGUGUCUAUCAAUGGCAAGCCUUGUGGAGACUUAACCUAUGCUGAAGUUAUCGUUCUGAUGGAAAGCCUGACUGACGUCCUGCAGAUGCUUAUCAAGAGAUCCUUCAGUGGAAUAAAUGAAGCGUUAAGUGCUGGAAGAGAAAAUGGACAAGAUGAAAACAUAAACAAAGAGGACUAUAGGGAGAGUACUACAAUGCAAACUAACACAGCAGAAGAGAUACCUCAUGGAGAUUUAUGCAUCACAGAGAUACAUAGUGAGUCUCACCAGGGAGCAGGAGAAAGGAACAUGCACUUUUCUGAAACAAAACAAGAGACCACACAAAGCCAAAGAAUUACUCCUAAAGUGACAGGCACCUCCAAAGUGCUCGUGACAGAUGAGACUGCUCCCAGAGGGAAGACAGAAGAAAGAAGGCCAGGUACUAUGGUUGAGCUGCAGUUGUCCCUCUCAAAUGAGAAGCACAAAAGCGCCCAUGCUCCUGCUGUGACUCUCUUAGAGGCAGAAAAUCGCACCCUUUCAGGAAGAGAACCCAGUGUACAACAAGAUGGGACUAGCCCUGUAAUCACGAUUCCCCUGGACAUGAAGGAAGGCAACAUCCAGUGGUCAAGCAAAGUUGUCCAGUUUUCUAAUGGCAAAGAGAUCAAGAGGAUCCAGGGUACAGCGCCAUCUCUACCCAGGGUGGAGGUGAUCCUGGACUGUUCAAAUAGGGAGAAGGAAGCACCCAGGUCUCCGGUUGAAAGGGGGUGUGUUAAUUCUCAAGUGGAGGAAGGGCAGUCAGAAGCACCUCCUUCCCUCCUCUCCUCUGCAGUCUCAUCAGAAGGCACAGAGCAGAGAGAAGACAACCAGCACUCAGAAAGGGAUCACAGACCACUCAAGCACAGGGCAAGGCACGCAAGGCUCCGGCGAAGUGAGAGUCUUUCAGAGAAGCAGGUCAAAGAAGCCAAAUCUAAAUGUAAAAGUAUUGCACUGCUGCUGACAGCAGCACCCAAUCCCAAUUCUAAGGGGGUGCUGAUGUUCAAGAAGCGUCGUCAAAGGGCGAGGAAAUAUACUUUAGUCAGCUACGGUACUGGGGAGUUAGAACGUGACGAAGACAAGGGUGAAGAAGGGGAAGGUGAAGAGGGGGACAAAGAAAACACUUUUGAAGUGAGUUUGCUUGCAACAAGUGAGUCAGAAAUAGAUGAAGAUUUCUUCUCUGACAUUGACAACGACGGUAAGAUUGUGACAUUUGACUGGGACAGUGGUCUACUUGAGGUUGAGAAGAAGAUAAAAAGUGGAGACAAGAUGCAGACACUUCCAGAGAGCACAGGUAAAGGGGCCCUCAUGUUUGCCAAGAGGCGUCAGAGAAUGGAUCAGAUUACAGCUGAGCAGGAGGAGAUGAAAGUACGCACAGUGCAUACAGAGGAACGAAGAGAAGCAAUGUCAGAGAACUUCCAGAAACUAAGUUCUACAGUCUAUCAAACAAAAGAGGAAGAAAUGUCAAGACAGCAGACCUGCGUGAGCAAAAGCCACACAGACAUGAGCCAGAAUCAUAGCAAAAUGCUACAACAAAAUGGCUUUGGCUUAGCACCAGACACAAACCUCUCUUUUCAGUCCUCUGACACUCAAAGAGCAGCUUCUUUGAAUAAAACAGCGAAACCCUUCCCUUCUGUAGUUCAAAACCGAGCAGCUGCACCAUUUUCACCCACAAGAAACAUUACUAGUCCUCUUUCAGAUACACCAGCACCACCUCCUUACUGCUCUGUUAGCCCACCAUCUGAGGCUUUAUACAGACCUGUUUCAGCUCCUGUAGCCAGCAGAGCUGCCCCAUCUGUGUGGUCACCCAGCGAGCCAACAGAACACAUAGCAUCCCGAGAUGAAAGAAUUGCGGUACCAGCCAAAAGAACUGGGAUACUGCAAGAGGCAAAGAGGAGAAGCACUUCAAAACCUAUGUUCACUUUCAAAGAAGCACCCAAAGUAAGUCCUAAUCCUGCCCUGUUGUCCCUUGUACACAAUGCAGAGGGCAAAAAAACUACUGGGGCUGGUUUUGAGUCAGGACCUGAAGAAGACUACCUCAGUCUGGGAGCAGAAGCUUGCAAUUUCAUGCAGACUCAAGCGUCUAAACAAAAGGCCCCUCCUCCUGUUGCUCCAAAGCCUUCAGUCAAGAUCUCUCCUACUGCUGGUACUCCAGUUUGGUCACCUCCAGCUGUGGCUUCCAGUAAGGCUCCUUCUUUCCCAGCACCAGCCUCCCCUCAGGCAGCAUAUCCUGCACCACUCAAAUCUCCACAGUAUCCUCAUUCUCCUGCCCAUCCUCCAGGUACUCUCAACCUAACUGGUCCUUUCAAAGGGCCUCAGGCAAUCCUAGUGAGUCCAAACCAUACACCCAAGACAACCACACCAGUCACAUCAAGUGCUGGAGAAAGAAAGCCACCCUUUGAGAUGCCACCAGCUAUGAGUGGAAAAGGAGCACAGUUAUUUGCCAGAAGGCACUCUCGAAUGGAGAAGUAUGUGGUAGAUUCAGAGACUGUCCAGGCAAACAUGGCACGAGCCUCAUCUCCAACUCCAUCUUUACCAGCUUCUUGGAAAUACUCAUCUAAUGUCCGAGCACCUCCACCUGUUGCUUAUAAUCCCAUCCACAGCCCGUCUUAUCCUCCUGGUGCUACCAAGCCUUCCUCCAAGUCCACUGCUGCUACCAAAACUACAAGAAGAAAACCUAAGAAAGGUCUCAAUGCUUUGGAUAUUAUGAAACAUCAACCUUAUCAACUUGAUGCAUCUUUAUUUACUUUUCAGCCUCCUAGUACUAAGGAAAACCUUGCUACUAAGCAGACAUCGAAGUUGUCCACUUCAAAGCAAGCUCUAUCUUUAGGACUGCCUAGUGCUGGCUCUCCUACUAAUGCCCGGGCAUCUUCAGUGUACUCCGUGCCAGCCUACGUUUCACAGCCUUUGUUCCAGUCAGAUGCCCCUACCCCAGUAAAUGAAUCAUAUGCACCUACGAGCUACUACUCUACAUUUUCUAAGCCAGAAAGCACCACAUCCUCUUUGUUUACUGCUCCAAGGCCAAAAUUUUCAGCAAAGAAAGCUGGUGUCACUGCACAGGAAAGAAGCAGUGGACGCUCAUUAUCACUUCCUGGGAGACCUUCUUCAUUCAUUUCUCGAGCAGUAUCUCCUACUUCUCCUCUCACAUUUCAACCUGCCCCUGAUUACUUCAGCAAGACAGACACAGCAGCUGACAGGACUGGCAAAAGACUUACUCCCUGGGAAGCAGCAUCAAGAUCCCCUCUUGGCCUAGUGGAUGAAGCUUUUGGGCCUCAAAAUAUGCAGGAAUCCAUUGCUGCUAAUGUAGUAUCAGCUGCUCGCAGGAAAACACUUCCUGAGCAGCCAGAUGAAUGGAAACAAAAGGUUUCUUAUGAGCCUCCAGCACUAAGUGGUAGUGUAGCCUUGCUGGGAGGGAAGCAAUCAAGUAUUGUAUCACCCCCCAGAAGCUCCCUAUCCACCCGAAGUGUGACCACGCAGGCUGGCUCUCACCUGCAGUAUGCUUACUGCAGUCAACAGUCCAGAACAGAUCCUGAUAUAAUGUCCAUGGAUUCCAGGUCUGACUAUUGCUUGUCAACAGCUGAUUCACACUACAAUCCACAGCCAAGGGGAUGGAGGCGUCCAACAUGAGCAGCUGAAGUGCCUGGCGUAUUUUCCUUUCUUCCAGCUUUACAAGCCUUAGAUUUCAGUUGGAGAAGGAGUUUCUUGCUGGCCUGACAAUCUGUGAACUUUAGAAAUGAGAAGGCAAAACUGAAUGGAGCAGAGUUUUCACAUGACCACAGGGCUCUGCAAUAGACUCAGUUUUAGAGUUUUAGACUAACCUAAGAUUGUUCUGUUCCUCAAAAGGCAAAAAUACACAUUUCUUGGGGUAAGCAGUAGGAUGAAAGCAGGGCAACCAAUGUGCGUGAUACACAGAUCUAGAAAGAAUGUAGAUGGAGACUGUACAAGUGCUUGCAGUAAAAUUAGUGUGUGUGUAUGGUGGGGGGAAGUAGAAUUAGGGCAUUUUUAAGGCAAGAAGUAUUUUACAGGAUCUCACAGGUUUUCUGGGUAUGUUUGACAUUAGAGUUCCAAGGUACUAGAUAUAACCAGACUUGGGAAAGUUCCAGUGGAAGUGUAAUACUUGGAAACACUUGGCUUAUUUGCCAUAUGUUUUCUUUACUGCAUUUUUUAAUGAGCUAAGAAAGUAAAUCACUGAAUAUUUUUACUGUGGCCACAGUUAAAACACAUCUGUGGUCAUGGUACCUGAAUCCUUAAACAUGUAGAUACAUGCACUCUUGAGCAGUCACCCAUUUCAGAUGGAUUUCAAGACAGUUUCGAGGAAGCUUUGCAUAUUGUAAUUAAUCAAAUAAUCCAAACCAAACAGGAAGCAAGGUGUUAUUCAUAGAGAUCAGUACCAUGAUACUUGAGUAACAAAAAGGAUGAGGACAGUAUUUAGAGUGUACUUAAACUGGAUUGCAAGUUAACUUUGUAAUAAACUAACAAACAAGUCAGAGGCUGUAGAGCCUUUCUCUGUGAAAUACAUUAUUUGCUCAACAGUUAACUGCUACAGCAUCUGGUAAUCCAACUGGCUGAGCUGUUAUUCUUAGUAUCUAGGUAGCUCAAUGUUUAGAAAGCUUUUGAUUUGUAUUCUCAGUUUGGAAAACAGAUCAGGUAUUGCUUAUCAAGAACAAUACCUGUUCUAGAUAGAAAUUAGUAUGUGAAAGAGGGUUAAUGACACACCUUAAAUGGUAUGAGUCUAGUAUGAGUAGCAAAUAUUUGGAGAGUUGGUUACAAUUAAACUGUCUUGAUGCAUCUGAAGAGACAGUAAAUAAUUUUUGCUGGUGAUACAUAUCUUGCACUUGAGCUUAUUUAAACAGUAGAAAUAAGCGGCUGAAAAUACAUGCAGGCCAAGCUUAUUGAGUAGUUUAGAUGUUGUUAACGUAUUAAAUGAAAGCCCCACGUUUUACAAAAUGCUCUGCAUCCUCCUCAUUUUUUGGGGCAUUCUUUAAGGAUCUGUCAAGCAGUCAUCUCAAAUUACUGCAAAAGCACUGUUAAGCUACCCUUAGUUUCAGUAACGUUGCCACCUAUGAGUGAUUAGAUUAGAAUGAACUGAAACACAUAUGCAGUAAGAAAGAACAUAGUAAAAAACUUCCCAUCUGCAGAAAUUUUUUUCAUUAGAACAAAUAUAUUAUAAAAUAUAACUGGUAUAGUGGAAAAAGGAAAAUUAAACCAAAACUGAGUUACCUGGAACUUCCCAUAAAACCAAAUAAUUACAUGAAAAAUAUUCACUUAGUGAGUUUAUAUUGGCAGAAAUCCUCUGUUCAAACAGAAGUCUCCCUGAAAUCAACUGAUCCUUUUGACCAAGCAAGAAAUGAAGGCAUGGGAGCUGUAAACUUUGAAAAUAGGAUCAUAUUGCUAUAGCACCUUACAAAUUUAUUUCAUGAAAUAUGAAUUUGCAAAGAAAAGGUUUUGUAGAAAAAUUACAUUAACAAGGCUGCCAUGAUAUGCCUGAAAAUGAGUUUCUCACAUAUGCAGAGUAAAUUUUCCUGCCACACAGACAAAAAAACAUUUUUCUUUGGCAAGUCCCAUAAUGUCCCCAUUUAUCAUGACUGGGAAUACUCCCAUGGAAACCGAUGGGACUGUGGUAGUCCCAUUAGUCUUAAUGGCUUCUCUUCAGAUCCAGGCCAAUC